AUUUGCUUGCUUAUAAUAUCAUGGAAACAUUCUCAUCCCUUCAAUUGUUUCUCCUUUCAUUCCUCGCAUCUAUCAUUUUGAUGAUAUUUACUCGUUUCAAAUUCUUUCCAUCUGGUUUGAAGAUCAAGAAAUGUUUACCCCCAUCUCCACCAAAGCUUCCAAUCCUUGGAAACCUCCACCAACUAGGAUCACACCCCCAUCAGUCUCUACAUGCUUUGUCUAAGAAAUAUGGUCCACUCAUGCUCAUUCACAUUGGUAGCAUACCGACACUUGUAGCCUCAUCUGUCGAUGCAGCCCAAGGAAUCUUGAAAACCCAUGAUUCAUCAUUCUCAAGUCGGCCCAGUAUGUCUAUAGUCAAAAUUCUUUUCUAUGGCGGUAAGAACCUAAUAUUUUCUCCACAAGGGGAACAUUGGAGGAAGAUGAGGAGCGUUUUAGUCACCCGACUUGUAAGUAAUGCACGUGUUAAGUCAUUUCGAAAAGUAAGAGAGGAAGAGACAAGGAAUCUGAUUGGCGCGCUUGAAGAGAGUCAUGGCUCUUUGGUUGAUUUGAGUGCAUUAAUAGUCAAACUUACAAACACCAUAAUUUGUAAGGUGGCAUUCGGAAGGGUACAUUCUGGGCCAAAGUUCACAAACUUAUUAAAAGAACACGUCGAAAUGAUUGCAACUUUUAGCGUGGGGAGUUAUAUUCCAUGGUUGUCUUGGGUAGAUCGACUGACUGGCUUAGAGGGAAGAGCAAAAAAAGGUGCUGAAGAAUUUGACGUGUUCAUUGAAGGUGUUAUUGAAGAACAUGUGAAUAAAAAAGGAGGAGUGGAGGCUAAAGGUGAUGAUGUGCAAGACGUAGUUGACAUCUUAUUGGAAUUCCAAAAUGAGAACACAACCGACUUUACCCUUGACAGAGAUUCUCUUAAAGCGGUUAUUUUGGAUGUAUUUGCCGGUGGAACGGAUACCACAUUCAACACUUUAGUAUGGGUACUGAGUGAGCUAAUAAGAAACCCAAGAGUAAUGAAAAAAUUACAACAGGAAGUUACAAAAGUAGCACAAGGGAGACCCAUGCUUUUGGAGGAAGAUUUUGAGAAAAUGGAGUACCUAAAAGCUGUGAUAAAGGAGUCGUACCGAUUGCAUCCUCCAGCCCCAUUUCUUCUUCCUCGGGAAUCAGUAGAAGAUGUGAAAAUGAUGGGUUAUGAUAUUCCAGCAGGCACACGAGUGUUUGUCAAUGCCUGGGCGAUAGGAAGAGAUCCUAAUGUAUGGGAAGAUUUUGAGGAGUUUAAGCCAGAAAGAUUCAUGGACAGUUCCGUUGACUUUAGAGGGCAUCAUUUCGAGUUGAUUCCAUUUGGUGCUGGCCGUAGAGGAUGCCCUGCAAUUCAUUUUAGUGUAACUAUCCUCGAGCUUGUAUUAACGAAUCUCGUAUACAAGUUUGAUUUCAGAUUGCCAGAUGGAGAGAAAAUUGAGGAUAUGGACAUGAGUGAGAGAAAUGGGCUUACAGUCCAUAAGAAGGCCCCUUUACUGGUUCUGCCGACUCCUCGUGACUGGUGUGGAGCAUACCAGAGCUUCCUUUUCAGGACAUCAUAUCAAAUUUCCCAGUCUUCCUAA